UAAGCCGGAAAGAAAAAUAACUUCCGGGGUGUGUUGCAAAAGGGAAAACUAGUAACAAUGUCAAAAAAUACUGGUGCUAGCAAAUUUAGAAAGGUCAAUGUUGACGAGUAUGAUGAAGAAAACUUUCAAGAUAACGAAGACACAGAUGUUGGUGAAGUUGGUCCCAAUGAAAACGAAGUUACCAACUAUUUAAACCAAUCUAAAAAUGUGGAAGCUCUGAAAGCUGUCUUACAGAAUCCUCUACAGGGUAGUAAAGACAAAAGAAUGAAGGACAAAGUAGUGCAGCUGGUGGUUCGAGUUUUGACUGCAUUUAAAACAAGUGAAAUUGAAAAGGGAGUUAAUGCCCUUGACAGUAAAUCAUUGGACAUUCUCAUGAAAUAUAUUUAUAGAGGAUUUGAAUUUCCAUCGGAAGGAAGCAGUGCAGCACUUCUGACAUGGCAUGAAAAGGUGUAUGCAAUUGGAGGAUCAGGCACGAUCAUCCGAGUUCUGACUGACAGGAAGAAUGUAUGAUGUCAUCAUGAUGUCAUAUGCCAGACUUUUUAUACAAUACCCAAUCAGAGCUAUAUUAAUACAUAAAAUUUUUUGGGAAGAUAUUUCAGCUGUACAUUAUUAAAAUGAGAUGGUUGGAUUUAUGAGAGAAAGAGGAAGAAACAUAAUUGUGAUAAAGAACAAAUCAUGACAUGUAUAAUUUUUGAAGAAUUUGGGAAAGAUUUAUGAUUAUGUUGUUUAUCAUUCCUAAAGCUGUUACAAUUCUUAAAAUUGUAUCACUUUUAUUUACAUCCAUUCUUUCUUUUCUCUGGGACAGUGCUAAUAAUUGCUGUUUGUCUCAUACAAUGUAUGUUCAAUGUUUAUGAAAUAUUCAACACAUUUCAGAAAACAAUCAUCUGUCAUUCUGUCUUCAUAUUUUGUUUUACUGAAAAUAAAUUACUUAUUCAAUUAA